UAGAAGCUAUUUAUUCCGCCUUUUGGGAUACUGCUGUAGGCGCAGUACCUCUACGUUGCCAUCGUGGCAUUCAUUCCGCCAGCUUUGAAUUGAUCCACUCAGUAGAUAAAGCCGGUCCAUUCCAUAGAUUGUAGUAAUAUAUGUAUUUAUUGCCCACCUGCUAGCAUGAAACCAUCAGCUGUAACGCCGUUGUUAGCCCUCCUCGCAGCGAUACUCGCUGCGCAAUGUGCGGCGGACGAUCCUCCUGUCCCCGUAAAUUUCGGCAUGGAGUUGAAUCUCGAGCAUGCCAUGUCGCUCCAUCGCGCGUGGGAGCGCGCGUACGACUUGGCGGAGGGCACGCUCCGCCCGCCCGCGCAGAUCUCGCUUCCGCCGAACGUCCCCCCUCCGCCGCACCUGGAGGACUGCUCGGCGCGCACUGCGUUCCGCGAGUCAACGGAGAAGCGCGCGGCGAACGGCGACUCGCCUAAGUGGGCCAACUCGUCCGAGGCCUGCGGAUGGGUGCCCCAGCCGCCAUGGGUCCGCGGGUCCGACGCGGGCAACCUGGCGGCGACGCGGCAGGCGCAGAGGGACCUGUGGGAGCGGCAGUUCCCGGCGUCGUGCAAGGAGCGGCGGCUUCUGCUGAUCGAGUGGUCGCCGCUGGAGCGGCACGGGCUGGGGUCGCAGCUGCACAUCAUGACGGCGCUCUUCAGCCUCGCCGUCAGCUACAACCGCACCUUCGUGCCCAUGCCGGGCACGUACAUGCGCGCCAACCACUCCGAGUGCCAAGCCAUCGGCAAGGCGGCAACGUUCGAGUGCUACUUCUUCCCCAUGGUGUCCAAGGAGUGCGAGGACAUGGCCAUGGAGGAGCACAAGGCGGGCCGCAUCCCGCCCUGCCCGGACUUCCGUGGGCUGGAGGGCGCGCUCAGGUCCGACAGCCCCGUGGUGUGCGCCAACGACGAGGACUACAACUUCCUCAGGCUCCGCUCCGAUGCUGCCCGGGAGUGGGACCACGCGUUCCUGCAGCGGCCCAAUGUGGUGGAGCUCACUGGCUCCAUGCAGCCCGUCAACGAAGUGCAGCGACAGAUCCACUGGUGGCGCGCGCAGGCCAUCCGCUUCAUGCUGCGCUGGCCGUCCGCGUACAUGUGCCACAUCACCAACCGCGUGCGCCACAGCGCGUACGGGCUGCAGAUCGCCAUCCACCUCGUGAGCGCCGCCGCGGAGCAGGAAGCCAUCAUCCGCGCGCUCAAGCCCGACGACGCGCACAAGGGCCUGGCGAUCAACUACGGCCAGGAGAUCAACACGCUCUCCCACAUCAACUUCUCCGCGCCGAACCUCGAGAACGAGGUCUGGCCGGGGCUGGAUUUCGCGGGGUGCUCCCUGGACAGCCACACGGAUCCCCAGAGGCCGAAGCACGCAGCGGACUCGGUGUAUGAGGGUGUGGGGGGGGAGCCGUACAUCCCUCGGCCGAUCGUGAGCAUGCAUGUGCGGCAGGGGGACAAGGCGGGCGAGAUGCGGCUGAUCUCGUUCCCGUCGUUCAUGUUUAUGGCUAACAGGCUGCGGCGCAGGAUACCGCACCUCAAAUACGUGUGGCUCAGCACGGAGAUGCAGAGCGUGGUGGACCAGUCUCAGCAGUACAAGGACUGGGCGUUUCUCUACUCCACCAACCCGCGCCAGAACGGGACCACGUCCAUCUUUGAGUACGAGCAGAAUGCGGGAGUGGCCAAGCUAGCAGGAAUCAGCCUGGCCAACCUGCUCAUCUCCUCGCAGUGCGAUUUCUACGUGGGCGCGCUGGGGUCCAAUUGGAACCGGCUUAUCAAUGAGCUGAAAGCGACCAGCGGGAGGGUGUAUUCGGGGUAUGCAUCGGUUAAUUUUGAUGAGUGGUGAAAUGCAUAUAGUUUAAUGCACUGUAUUGUGAUGUACUACUGUAGCUGUGGUCUGAAGAACACCAGUGCAGUGCAGGUGUACUUGGAAUAUCAUGUUGAAAUCUGAACUAGGAAGAACAGAGGAGGCCGCCAUGAAGUGGCGGCCAAGGGUUUAGCUAGAAGCUGGACGAGAGUGUCGAGAGAGAAGAGAGUAGACUAGAAGAGAAUGAAGAAGAACAGAGGAGGCCGCCAUGAAGUGGCGGCCAAGGGUUUAGCUAGAAGCUGGACGAGAGUGUCGAGAGAGAAGAGAGUAGACUAGAAGAGAAUGAAGUACAAGAAGGGGGUUGUCCCCCCUACAGUAGGAUGCAGUUAGUAGCAUAACUA